AUGACCGUCCCCGCACAGAACGAGGGUCUCACCCCGGAGCAGCUCGCAGCUUUCCACCGCGACGGCUACCUCAUCAUUCCGGGCGCCCUAUCCCCGGAGACCGUCUCCGGCCUCCUCUCCGAGACCCACUCCCUGCUGGACAACUUCUCCCUCGCGGACCACCCCAUGACGCGCUUCUCCACCGGCGAGAAGGCGGACCACGUCGGCGACGACUACUUCCUCAACUCGGGCGACAAGGUCCGCUUCUUCUUCGAGGAGGACGCUUUCGACGCCGCGGGUAACCUCGUCAAGCCCAAAGCCCGCGCCAUCAACAAGAUUGGCCACUACCUGCACGUCCUCUCCCCGCCCUUUGCCGCCAUCUCGGAUCCCAAGUCUUCUUCCUCCGGCGGCCCUGUCCGAGGUACACCGGCCGCCGUGGCCCGCAGCCUGGGGUUCCGGGACCCGCGGUGCCUGCAAAGCAUGAUCAUCUGCAAGCAGCCCGAGAUUGGCGGCGCCGUGCCCCCGCACCAGGACUCGACCUUCUUGUACACGGAUCCGCCGUCCGCCGUCGGCUUCUGGUACGCCCUCGAAGAUGCGACGCUCGAGAACGGGUGCCUGAGUUUCUUGCCCGGCUCGCACCGCUGGGCCCCCGUGUCGAGCCGGCUCGUGAGAAAGGCCGGCGACGCGGGCACGGAAAUGGUUGACAAUGACGGGCCACGGUUCCCGCCUGGCGAUGGGUACGGCGCAGAGAAGGCGAGCGAGGAGGACAAGGGGGCCAAUUACGUGCCUGGGGAGGUCAAGGCGGGGGAUCUGGUGUUGAUUCACGGGAAUCUGCUGCACAAGAGUGAGAAGAACCUGAGUCAGAAGGGGCGCAUCAUUUACACGUUUCACGUCAUUGAGGGAGAGGGUAAUAAGUACGACGAGAGAAACUGGUUGCAGCCGCCGAAGGCUGGGUUCACCAGGUUGUAUUCUUCCUAA